AAUCAUCCACACCAUGCACGUCUUCUACCACCAGAAAGUUAUACGCUUGAAAUUGAAUUCAAUAUUUCUAGUUGGUUAGGUCAGGUAAAGAUUUAGGGCGCACACAACACGUACGCUUCGUCACCAGUUUAGACGCUUUUGUGAUCUGUCGUCACUCAUCGCCAAGUGUUUUUUUUGUUCUGUCAUCUUAAAAAAAAAAAAAGUCUUAACACUAGAAAAAGAAAAAGGAACUAGUCUUUAUAUUUGAUUUUGUUGGUUUAAUGAAUCAGAGUUUGUUCCUUUUUGUCUCUCCAGAUCCCUAGGGUUUCCUUCUUCCUCCUCCUCCUCUGUUUUCAAUUUCUAGGGUUUUAAUAUUCACACAAAAAAAAUGGGUGAUUGGGCUCAGCUUGCUCAGUCUGUGAUCUUAGGUUUAAUCUUCUCUUACCUAUUAGCUAAACUAAUCUCGAUCGUCGUCACGUUUAAAGAAGACAACCUCUCCCUCACUCGCCACCACGAUCCCGAACCGGAAUUGAAUCUUAAACCGGAGGUUGACUCGCGCGGCCGAAUCGAAUCUUCCACCGGCGAGGCAGACUCGGUCAUCGCGGAGCAAGGUAGCUCGAGAGGAGAUAGCGUCGGUGGUGACAGCGAGGAAGAAGUGGAAGAAGAAGAAGACGACGAUGAUUGGGAAGGCGUUGAGAGCACGGAACUAGACGAGGCGUUCAGCGCUGCGACUCUGUUUGUGACUACAGCCGCAUCGGAUCGGCUCUCGCAGAAGGUGCCUAGCGAUGUUCAGCAGCAGCUUUAUGGAUUGUAUAAGAUCGCUACGGAAGGGCCUUGUACUGCUCCUCAGCCUUCUGCUCUCAAAAUCACUGCUCGUGCCAAGUGGCAAGCGUGGCAGAAACUGGGGGCUAUGCCUCCUGAAGAAGCGAUGGAGAAGUAUAUUGAGAUUGUUACUCAGCUCUACCCGACUUGGUUAGACGGUGGCGUGAAAGCGGGGAGUGGAAGUAAGGAUGAGGCAGUCUCCAACACAGGAGGAACCAUGGGGCCAGUUUUUAGCUCGUUGGUUUAUGAAGAGGAAUCCCAAAAUGAGUUGAAGAUUGAUGCCAUCCACGAAUUUGCUAGAGAAGGAGAAGUCGAGAAUUUGCUUAAAAGCAUUGAAAGCGGCAUUCAAGUUAAUGCAAGGGACAGUGAAGGUCGCACACCCUUGCACUGGGCUAUAGACCGUGGCCACCUCGAGAUUGCUAAACUUCUGGUCGAUAAGAAGGCCGAUGUGAAUGCUAAGGACAACGAAGGCCAAACCCCCUUGCAUUACGCUGUUGUCUGCGACAGAGAAGCCAUCGCCGAGUUCCUGGUGAAGCAGAAAGCUAACACAGCCUCGAAAGAUGAUGACGGAAACUCCCCUCUCGAUCUCUGUGAAUCAGACUGGCCCUGGCUCCGAGACUCUGCAAAGCAGACAGACUAGAAACAAAGACUAACCACAGAGAUGCCUGCCGUCUCUUCUCUACUUCUGCAGUGUAUAUGAUGAAGUUACUUAGUAAGAAAGCUUUUCUUUAAAUUUCAUCUCUCAUCUCUACUAUUUCGUUUCCAACAGUAACUCGCCUGGAUGUUUCAAAGUCUUGUCCUUUUAUUACAACAAUCUUUUGUUCCCUCAGGUUUAAGAAACACAUAUCGUAGCCGGUUUUUAUUGGUUUGCUAUAUAAAGAGAGGGUUUCUUUUUGUUUUUGUCAUUAUUUGGAUAACCGAUAUUGGCGGUAAUAAUGGUUAGCAAUCAAUGGCCGAUGAGAA